CUCUCUCUUAGUACGAAAUCUUCAACAUAAGGAGGUGAAAAAUUAUUUGUUGGAAAAUUUGGUUUGCGAGGGAGAAAGAAAGGGAAUUCUAUAUUUUUAGGAGACCGUAACGGCAAAAUUCAGUCUCCUCCUUAUUUAUCCGUUUUGUUUGCUCUAAGAUGACCAUAUAAAAGCAGAGCAACAUGAAUUUCAACCGAAUGCCUCUGCACCCCCAGUUUCCCUCGCCCUCACACCUGCCCCCCAAUGCAGGCCCCCCACCCAUGCCACCUAACCCUGGACACAUACCCCAAGGCAUGCCCCCACCCCCACACUUACCGCAGCACAUGGGGCAUGGAGGGGGGCACAGUGGACCAGACCUUGGGAGAAAUGAUGGCAUGAUGAUGCAAGGACAUUAUACCAACCAGGAUGUAUAUACAAGUGGAGGGGAUCUUAACCAGGAUUUUAUGGAGAUGAAUAACAUUCUGGUGGACGGGGGGGAUAGAUUUGGUGUGUCCACACUCUGCUACGAUACUCAGGAAUUACUCUGGAUGGGCAACCAGGGGGGUCAUGUGACAUCAUACUUCGGAUUAGAAUUACAGAAGUACACAUCCUUUCAAAUUCAUGUCAAUGAAGACGUUCGACAGAUUGUCCCGCUGGCGCGAGGAGUUCUCUCCCUUACUCAGAGUUGCCUAGCCUGUAACAACAGGAGAGGGGUUCCCAUAUUCACUUACAGAGGGCCGACAAUGCACAACAUGCAGUGUAUGAUGAUGACGGGGCCCUCCACGGUAAUCAUCGGGGGUCACCAGACAAAGGUCAUAGAGAUAGAGGUCGAACACAAGGAGGUCAUUAGAGAGGUGGAUAUCCCUGAGCCAGGCUGUGCUAUACUGAGAGGCACCAACAAGUAUAUCUGUGCUGGAGACACAGCUGGAAAGGUGACCCUAUUUGACCACGGGACCAUGAAACCGGAACAUGUUCUGGAUGCCCACACUGGAACCCUGUCAGACUUUGAUAUACAAGGCAAUCUGCUGGUCACAUGUGGUUUUUCAACAAGACACAGUAAUUUGACGGCCGACCGAUUCCUGAUGGUGUAUGAUCUGAGAGUCAUGAGAGCCAUGGCCCCUAUACAAGUCAUCAUAGACCCCAUGUUUCUACGAUUCGUGUCCACGUACAAUAAUAAAAUGGUCAUCACGUCACAGGCAGGCCAGUUCCAGAUCAUUGAGACAACAGCCAUGACUCCGUCCUCGAUGAAUGUCUACCCCAUCAACACCCACGGUAGUCCCCUGCUCAGCUUUGACAUCUCCAACAGCUGCCAGGCUCUGGCUUUUGGAGACUCAGGAGGCUAUCUGCAUUUGUUUGCCCUUGGUGAGCACCCUUGCUACAACCAGUACCCAGAGCAGACAGAAUUCCCAGACCCUAUCGAGCCCAUACAACCCAUUCACAUCACAGAUGAAUACACCCCAUACUCCAUUAUCCCCAUGAUGUACCCCACUAAUGGAACCCUGCUCUCUGAUUGGCCAGAAUACCUGUCUCAGAGAACCUACAGAAAACCCAAGCCCCUGGAUGCAGACAUCUUGCGGUCCAUGAAAAUGCAGCACAAUGUGGGAUACGCCCAAAACCCGGGAAAAGAGAAACGGAACCAGAUACCAUAUGUACAGGUUAAUGAGAAGUCAAAGAAAGGAAAGGGCGCCGUACCUGAAUCCCCGAUCGGUAGAAUGGAUGACCCAUUUAUCAAAGUACCAAAGCGAUUCAGAAAAGUGGAUCUAAAAUACUCCAAGCUGGGACUAGAGGACUUUGACUUUAGACACUACAAUAAGACACAUUUCGCGGGUCUGGAGACCGACAUACCUAACGCCUAUUGUAACUGCAUGCUUCAGGUGCUGUACUUUAUUGAGCCUCUACGCUGUUCUCUCCUGAGCCAUUUGUGUGAGCGGGAAUUCUGUUUGGCCUGUGAGCUUGGAUUCCUGUUUCACAUGUUGGACAACCAGAAAGGACAAACAUGUCAGGCCAGUAACUUUCUGCGAGCCUUCCGGACUAUCCCUGAGGCCUCGGCCUUGAGCCUCGUGUUAGCGGAGAACGAGGAGAAUGACCCGAGAAUCAAUCUGUCUCGCCUGAUACAGAGCUGGCAGAGAUUCCUAUAUCAACAAGUUCACGCAGAACUCUGUAACAAAAGUCAGCCAGUGAAAGAAUGCAAGUCUGAAGAGAAUCUAAACAAGUCUUCGGAGAGUUUGACUAAAUCAGAUGAAAACCUGUCAGAGCAGCUAUCAGAGGUCAGUCUAAAAACAGAGGAAGUGUCAGAGGUCAGUCUAAAAACAGAGGAAGAGGCCUCAAAGCCUGAGGAAAAAUCUGUGGAAACCACACCCCCCAAGUCCAAGAAGAAAAAGAAGAAGAAGGGGAAAAAGAAGGGGAAAGAACUCCCGGAGGAAGAAAAAACCGAGAAAGAGGCUGAGGGGGACAAGGGGUCAGAGACAGCGGAAGAUGAGGGUAAAGAGGGGGACAAAUCAGAGGAAGGGUCAACAGACAAUCCCUCCACUGAAAAAACUGAGGAAAAGUCGUCGAUAUCUGAAAUCUUGGGAUUCAAAAUUGUGACGACCCUGAGGUGCCGCUGUGGACAGGAGACCCAAAGACAGUCUGAUACCAACAUCAUAAACCUGAGCUACCCUGACUGUAACCCUCCAGGCAGCAAUAGGCCCCCUUUUGAGGUGCCUUUCUGUGACGUCCUUAAGAGUACGCUGACAGCAGAACAAAACAUGCAGACCUGGUGUAAUGUGUGCGACCGGUAUCAACCCCAUACUCAGAUUAAAACCAUACAGAGUGUACCUGAUGUGGUGGCGGUCAACUGCCACAUAGAGAAUGCUCGAGACUAUGAGUUUUGGAAAAUGCAGCACAUGGUAAGUAAUAUGUCCUCCUUGUUUUUGACAUGUG